AUGAUUUGACCUGGAAGUUCUGUUUUUAAAACUAAGCCCCUGGCCCUCUCUUCCCCAAUUUUAACUUUUUGAAUUUCCCUCAAAAGUAUCAGUGGUGCAGAGAGUAAUUGAGAGGCAAAAUGGCUGAUGCAAUGGAAGUAUCUACUGCUUCCGAUCCUUUCGAUCUCAACUCCAUUCAUUGUGAAGUGAGAGAGUUGUUGGAGAUCCGUAGAAGCUAUGACGAAUUCGGAAGGGAAUCCAUCGCUUCUGAUUCAGAGAAGUUACUUAAAGAUUUUGCUAUUCAUCUCGAGAGCAAAGUGAAGGAAAUUUUAUCAGAGUGCUCUGAUGUUAGUUUCUUGGGAAUUGAAGAUAUAGAAGCAUACAUAGGGCAUUUGAAAGAGGAGCUGAAGAAUGUGGAAGCUGAAAGCAGUAAAAUUUCUAAAGAAAUCGAGUCUCUUGGGAGAUUGCAUGUAGAAGAUUCUAAUAGACUGGAUAGUGAUCUUGAAGAAUUGAAUUGCUCUUUGGAUUUAGUUGCAUCACAGUGGGGUCAAGGGAAGGCAAUAGAGGAUCUACAUGCUGAUUGCUCUAAAGAUGGAGAAGAUCAAUCAGAUUUGAUAAAUAUUCAUGAAGAACAGAAAUUUGAGCUUGUGAAACUUGAAAGUGAGAUUGAAAAGAAUAAUAUAAUUUUGAACUCCUUGCAAGAUCUUGAUUCUAUGUGCAGAAGGUUUGAUGUUUUAGAGCAGAUUGAGGAUUCAUUGACUGGUUUAAAGGUCAUUGAGUAUGAUGAAAACUGUUUUAGGUUGUCAAUGCAAACAUAUAUUCCAAAAUUAGAAGAAUUAUUGUCUCAACAAAUAAGUGAAGAUGUCAAUGAGCCAUCUGAAGUGAAUCAUGAAUUGCUUAUAGAACUUGUAGAUGGGACCAUGGAAUUAAAGAAUGUUGAGAUAUUUCCAAAUGAUGUAUACAUCGGUGAUAUUCUUGAUGCUACAAAGUCAUUCAGGCAGUUCUAUUCACAGUUUACAGUGGUUGAGUCACAGUCUUCGUUGCAGUGGUUUGUAAGAAACGUACAAGACAGAAUCAUUCUAAGUACUCUGAGACGAUUUUUAGUAAAAAAUGCCCACAAAUCAAGUUCAACAUGCAGGCAUUUCUUUGAGUACUUGGAUAGAGAUGAGAUGAUUGUGGCUCAUUUGCUUGGUGGAGUUGAUGCAUUCUUAAAGGUGUCUCAGGGUUGGCCACUGUCAAAUUCUCCAUUGAAAUUGAUCUCUUUGAAGAGCUCAGAUCAUCAAUCAAAGCAAAUUUCUCUAAGCUUUUUUUGCAAGGUCGAGGAAAUGGCAAAUUCCUUGGAUGUACCCAUUCGACAAAAUUUAUCAAGCUUUGUUGAGGCUGUAGAAAAGACACUUGUAGAGCAAAUGCGCACAGAACUCCAUUCUGAUGUUGCCCCUGGAAAAUGAGCGUUAUGGUAAUCCUAUUCACUGCUUGGUAAGGUCGAUUAUAACUUCCCUCUACCAUUUAAAAUAUGUUUCAUAAUUAGCACAAAUGCUCAGCUGUCUAAUGUUUAAUAUUUGAAUGAGACGACAAAUCUGUGGCUUGUUUUUGGACCAAUUGAUCUCUAUCUACAUUUAAAGUUUUGGCCAAUUUGGGAAACCGGUUAGAUUUUGGUUGUACCAUUUAAACCGAUAAAUUGGAUAGCUGAAAAACCCAUUCCCAA